UCCGGACGAAGGCCACCCGCAUAGCACCCUCAUUCGCACAUCUGCGCCAUGGUGAAGGCCAGGCUAUCCCCGGCAGCAAAUCUGCUGCGGAAGUCGCGCUUGUUUGCACUUCCGCAGGCCCUGACUCCUCCCCAAGGUCUGCCAGCGGCAAGAAACGUCCAUGAAUCCGAUUCCGCUACCCUUCCUCACCCUAUCCGAGCGGCCAUUGUCACACCAGGUUCCUCUCUGCUAAAUGGUGACUGGGGCUUGAAGAGACCGCUACCUCCGAAGACGACGUCCGCUAGAUCCUCAAGGCCUGUGGUUCGAAUCAAUGCCCUCGAUACCUUUGAACAUACUACGGAUUUCGAAUCUGCUGCAGAUCAUACCGUGACCCUGGAGAAGUUCCAAGAGCUCCAUCUGCCCAUCUCGCUUCCUGAAAAAGUCAGCUACUCUAGCGGCAGUCUCCCUCGGCACUCCAGCCCUUUCGAGAGUUUCUUGGAUAACACCAACGAAAGCUUGGCCCUCAAAUCGCCUGACGCCAAGAAGUUUCGACAUUCUGGUCCAUACCUCGCCGGCCAAACGGAGGCGGAGUUUCAGGAGUACCUAAAGAGCGUGCGCCGGAGCAAGCCAGAGCUUAUGCAGAAGCUUCGCAAGUAUUUCAUUAAGAAGCGAACUGCCGAUCGGAAAAAGCAGGCUCAAGAUAGCGGAAACUUCGAGGGUAUCGACCAACCCAUCAAAUACACUGAAGCGGAGUUUCAGACCUGGAUCAAAUCGCUACGUACGGAUCCAUUCGCUUUGGGUCCAGUGAUAUUUGAAAUCCUGGACCUUCCACCGCCCCCGGUAGUGCCUAGCGAUAUGAUUGGACAGAAGUACUACCAACCUGCCACCUUGAAGCUCUCUUCUGAGGAGUAUGUCAAGGCCGGACCGCCGAAAACGCAUCCCUCAGCGGGAUUAUCCUACACCAGAACGCACGCCUUGCUUUACAACCAUCCCAGGUUCGGACCUCAGACUUUCCAACGCCCUGUUGAGGCACGUAUUUUGCGCCCGAAGAGAUUCAAGGGCAAGGCCGGACGGGCAGUUGGCGGUGUUGCCGGUAUUGCCGUGGAGGAUCUCAACGCCAUGUCUUUCACUGAUAAUGGCGGGCUACCUGGUCUCACCCAGUAUGACGCGAGCAUCCCGGGUGGUGCGAAGUAUUGGGUCAACCCUAUCCGGGCUUCCAUUGAUUCGGGGGGUCGCAUUGAAUUGGCUACUUUCCGCGCGACUCACAAGUCCAGAGCACCAUACGGUAUCGAGGAGUACCGCCCGCCUCAGACGUUGCACGUGUCCCCCAACGCCCAAGGCAGCCAGCGGACGGUGAUGAGGCUGGAUAGACCUCGUCUACAGAUUGGCGCGCGCUCAACGUCGCAAGAUAUGGGCCCACCUGAGGAACGCCCGGAAGCGCUUGUACAGUCUCUCAUGAAGGAUUUUGCCAAGAUCAAGGCAUGAACGAUACCUCAGGGUUUUGGUCCUAAUUUCUUGUUUCGUUGGCCCAAUUUGUUUCUAAGCUAAGGAGGAGCUAUGCGAUCUGUAUGAAUAUGUUGUUAGUUGGUCAAUUUAAAACUGAUCCUCC